GACCGUUUUCUCCAUUCAAUCUCCACUAUUUAACCCUGCCGACCUCUCUCAUUCUCCAACGUUCUCUGCCCUCGCAUCCUUCUAUCUGUUUUCAUUCCAUCUCUCUCUCUCUCUCCCUCUCCCUCUCUGAGAUGGCGGAAACCGAACCUUCUCGAAAGCGUUUCAGGGAAGAAGGAGACGGAGAAGAAGGAGAAGAAACGAAACGACGGAGCUGUUCAUACCACAAAAUCCUCUCCCUGCUCGAAUCCGAAGAAGAAGAGCCAACCCAGGACGUCUCUUCUCUCAUCUCCACCCUCCAGCAAGAGCUCUCCUCCGACCCUCCCUCCGAGCCUGCUGACCCCAACCAGUCAUCUCUCGAAAAUCCAACUUCUCCUCCUCCUCCAGUCUUCAAAGAAGAAGAGGACGAGAUGAUGAUGAUAAGGCACCUUCUAGAAGCUUCGGACGACGAGCUUGGUAUCCCAACUCCAGAAAACGAACGGGGAUUUGAAGAAGAGAUUGGGAAGAUUUCGACUUAUGAUGGGUUUUGGGAGAUGGAAGACGAAGCUGCGAACUACUAUACGUUGUUGCAGUCCGAGCUUUUCAUGUAGAUUUCUCUCUCCCAAACCAGAAAAAAGGGGGAAUUUUGUAGUUUUAGUUUUUUUUUUCUUCUUUAAUUUCCCCUAUUCUUUGUAAAAUUGCAGUGGAGAAAUGGAGAGAAGGAAAUCUGUUUCUUUCUUUAA